CAUGGCGCCGUUGUACGUGUAGAGCCCGACAACAGUUCUUCCCUUGUUUUUGUUUUGGUUCAGUUUGUGUUUAUACCGUCGUCCUCCCACGAAAAUGUCCUUAUCUCCAGUCGCCAUAAAAGAAGCAAAUCAUCACAUUCAAGGAUUAGUGAUGCGAGUUCACGAGCUGGAGGAACAGGUAAAGGAACUGUCUGAGGCGUUGAAGAAGCAAAACGAAGCUCACGCGGAGAAUUUAAAGAUACUUCCUCUUCGAAUGAAUCAAACUUUGAGACAAAAAGAUGAAGAGAUACAAGAACUAAGACAGAAACUUCAAUCUUCCGAGGCAAUUAUAGAAAGGCUUGUUCGAGAAGCGAGCGAGCACGAAAGCUCAGUGCGGCACCUUAAAAAUCGCUCAAGAGUUCUCGACGAAAUUUGUAAACAUCGAGAAGCCUUCGAAAGUGUAUUGACGUGUCUGAGUAUUCUUGAAGAUCCUGGCAAUAGUUCUUCAAGUGAGGCAAGCAAAAUGGCAGAGAAUGGUAUAGUCAGAGAAACAGAUUUACUUGACAGUGAUGGGGAAGGCGAAGACAUCAAUGGAAAUGACAGAUCACAUGAGAAACGGGUCGACAGUGGAGUUGGAUCGAGUUAUUCCUCGUUUCAUUUGGAAAAUGGAAGAGCAAACGAAAAAGGAGUGCUACCAGAAGACGUGUUUUUACCACCGGAAGAAAACCCUCCUCCCUGUUUUGUCUGAUGGAAGAGCAAAUGAGCAUUUGUCACUGAAAGGCAUGUCAAGUGUUUACCAGUUUAAUUAUGCCUCAAAAUUCAAUCAAUUUUACACGUAAAAAAUUCCUUCAUUCAUACUUGACAAAAAGCUGGGACACUAAAACGCUAAAGUACCUCAUGCAGUGGAACUUUAUCUGCACAACAUGUCAAGUUUGAUGUCCCAAAAUUAUUCAGUAAAAUUUUAAAUUAAGGUACCUGUAUUAACAGUAACUUUACUCAUUAAGUUAUCAUUGAUUGAUCUUGGUUAGGUGGAAGGUUGGAGUGCUUAAGGUCAUUCCCCAGUAUUGCAUUGCGCAUCCCUACUGUGCAUAAUUUCACGCGUGAUUAGCACG